CUCAUUUAAAAUUGCAAUUAAAAACAAUUUUCCCAAAGUCCCGACCACAUUCUGCGAUUGCAUUUUUCGGUUUGUUUCCGCCAUGGACGAUCAACAUAACCAAGAAAACCUUUUUCAAUCCUUCCCCAAUGUCGUCUCUUUCGCAUCUCCUGUUCAUACGCCGUCGCACCGCCGCCUCUCCAGUAACUUCACUCAACCCAGACCGCCGAUCCCCGCCGCUCGCCGCCUUGCUUGGGUUUCUCUUCAGGGGAGGCUCGUUAACGCCGAACAGGCCAGCUCGGUGCGAUCUAUUAGAGGCGGCUUGGGCCCUGAAGAAGCCAUCGCUUGGCAGUUGUUCAGCCCCAUUGAGCGGUUUCUUAUAGUUGCCGUCAUUGGCGUCGCGGUUACAGAGUCCAAGAGCCACCAUCAGAUCGGCCAGCUUAAAAGAGCCGUCGAACUUAGGGAUCAAGUGCUUCUAAGCAUGCAGCAGAAGCUUGAUGAUCUAUGUAAUCAAGUGAAUCCUGUGAAGGAUCAAUCUGGAACUGAAAAUGACAUGGCUAUGAGAAAGAAUACUGAUUUGGCAGACUCUGGUGGCUUUGGCCAUGACAAAAUUAAGUUUGUUGAUUGUGGGUGUUGGCUUUGUGAUGAGCAUCUGGAUUUGAUCAGUCGUUUGGAGCAGGGUAACGCCACGACAAAACCCUCUUGCGGGGUAGAGAUGUUGCAAUACAAAAUGCCACUCACCAAUGAAGCAGAGCAAGAGGAGCGUAGAAUGUCUGAUUUGUCUGAUUGGGCGUCCAGUGUCACGUCUGCUGCUGAUAUACAGAUGAAUUCCUUAUCCAUUGAACAAGAUAUGUUAUUUCUGAAGAAAGAUUGUGAGGAAAAAGACGCAAGCAUCAAGGAAUUAACUAAUCUACUCCAUUCGUCUGAGGUUUAUGGUUCACAGAGGAUCUCUGAGUUGGAAGACAUCAUUCGUCGGAAGAACAUGAUUAUUUCAAAACUGAAAAAGGACAUGGUCGUUCUUGAACAGCAGGUUAUUCAACUGACGAGGCUUCAAAGACCCUCUUCAUGUACAUCAAAAUCGGAAAUGCAGCCGAUCCCUUACAUGACCGAUAAUCUUCUUUACGACAUGGAAAGUAGUACAAGUCCUUCAUCUUCCGACUCAGAUUGCUCCCAUUCAGAAAGCUCACAACCUCCCCCCACAAGACAGCAGGAUAUUAUUCAUCAUAUCCAAAACAGAGAGCCUUGUUUGACAAGAACAACCCAGAAAUCAGGUACUAAGAAGAGACCUUCAACUUCAGAUUCUCGCCCAAAGCCUCAAAUGGCAACCCCUUUUAAAGAAAUAUCAAUGAACAAUCGAAAACCCGAAGUUAUGUCGACGCCAUCAUCCAGGCAAAGACGCUUACAAACUAUGGCCAAGGACACACCUCAACGAAAGAGAAAUAUUUAGUAAAACAGCUAAAAAAAGUUGGAAAAUUAUGUUUGUUAGAACAUUAAGAUGGGUUUCAUGUUAGGUGGGAAAAUGCUUUUGGUAGAAGAUGAUGUAUUUAUGCAUUCACAUUUUAAAGUCGGAGAAUAUGUACACACAACCACAUUGAUGUAGAAGAUAGUGAGACAUGAUGCUAUGUAAUGUCAAUGUUGUAGUUAAUAUAAUUAAAAUUUUAGAACAUGGUCU